CUAGGCCUAGACCCCGCCUGGGGCCUGCCCUGGUCAUCUCGCCGGCCCGGGUCGUGUCGUGGGCACUGUGGCUUGCUUGUUUGGGUUGACCGGAGGUUGGGGGCUGUUGGGAGGCUUCUGGGGCCAUCUUGAGAUGGGUUCCUGGGGGCGAGGGCGUUCUGCAGAGUCUGUUAGGUCUGGGCAGUGCCUACAGGGAUUUGCUCGUCUACGAGGGCCCUGGGGCCAUUUAGUGGGCCUGCAAGUCGUCCUCACGGGCUGGGGGGAGUCUCUUAGGGCCCCUCCCCGCCCCCAGAAGACUUGGAGGUGCCCACGGUGGGGGAGACAGAUUCCGAAACGUUCCCAGGGUCGUGGAUGGCCACCCCAGAUCUGGGGAGGCAUCUAAUCAGGAUGACAGGAGACAGGCUAUUAGAAAGGCCUGCUGCCAUCCACAGUGGCUUUGGGUGUGACUUCCAGGGGUGCGGUAAUAGAAUGGUACCUGGGGGUACAUAUGCCAGGCCUGUAAGCCUGGGGAAAAUCCGAAUGACUUUUGGGGCCAAGAGAAUAAGCCCCACCUUCGCCCCCAUAAGAAGAAGGUGUUGGAAACUGUGUCCCCACCUCAGAAAGGAACUAAGGAUGAGGAAAAGUUACGGUAUCCUGCAUUGCCCUAGGUGAGGGUCUUGAUACCCUGGGAAAAAGUCUAGAGGACCUACAAGCCCAGUGCUUUUGACCUUGAUCAACCCUAAGAAAUACAGUUUCCAUGGAGACCCAGCACAUGCCUUCAGAGACACUUUUAAGGAGGUCGAAGUCCCACCAAGUCCCCUUUCCACGUACUCCUUUUGAUGUUAGGCCCUUGAGCUGCUCACCUCAGGUGUGCAGUUAAAACCCACCAGCAGGUCCGAGAGAGAAAGAUGAGGCUGUCUGUCCCCUGUCGAGAUUUACUACCUUGGAGACCUUGGGGAGCAAUUCUGCACUGUCACAAGGAGUCAGAGUCCACUUGAUGGCUGUGGGCGUUUUAAAAUUUUUAAUUUUUGUUAACCCCUUCGUGGGAUGAUGCACCCUGAAGAGUUUCCCUCUGGCUGCUCCUUUCUUAUACCUGGUCGUCUGCUGCGGAAUUGCCUUCAUUCCCUGGUGUUCGGGAAAUGCUGGAGGUUGAGCAAUGUCUCCAGGGCCCGCUGAUCUGUCAAGGGCCUCGGGUGACCAUGGAGGAGGAGGAUGAGUCUCGAAGGAAGGCAGAGGAGUCGGGCGAGGAGCGCAGUGAUGGCCCUCCCGAUAGAGACCCCACGCUCUCGCCGUCUGCCUUCAUCAUGCGGGCCAUCCAGCAGGCGGUGGGGAGUUCCCUGCAGGGGGAGCUGCCCAAUGAGAAAGAUGGCUCCCGGUGUUAUGGCCUUCGAUGGAGGCGCUGCCGGAGCCCGAGGUCAGAGCCCCGGGUCCAGGAGUCCGGGGGGACAGACACAGCGACUGUAUUGGACGUGGCUGCUGACAGCUUCCUGGCUGGGCUGGUGAACGUCCUGGAGCCCCCAGACACCUGGGUGUCCAGCCGGCUGGACCUGCGGCCUGGCGAAAGCGAGGACCUGCUAGAGCUGGUGGCUGAGGUCCGCAUCGGGGACAGGGAUCCCGGCCCCCUGCCUGUGCCCAGCCUGCUGCCCCGUCUCCGGGCCUGGAGGACUGGCAAAGCAGCUUCUCCGCAGUCCCAUGCGUCUCGACCUACCUGUGCCCGCCACCUCCUUACCUUGGGCACUGGGGACGGGGGUCCUGCCCCACCCCCUGCCCCCUCCUCUGCCUCCUCUUCACCCUCCCCGUCCACGGCUGCCGCCGCCCCCAGCACUGCCCCCAGUGCAGGCUCCACCGCCGGUGACUCAGGGGCUGAGGAUGGGCCUACCGCCCGGGUCUCCCAGCUGCCCACGCUGCCCCCACCAAUGCCCUGGAACCUGCCAGCGGGUGUGGACUGCACCACCAGUGGCGUCCUGGCCCUGACAGCACUGCUCUUCAAGAUGGAGGAGGCCAACCUGGCCAGCCGAGCGAAGGCCCAGGAGCUGAUCCAGGCCACCAACCAGAUCCUCAGCCACAGGAAGCCCCCUUCAGGUCUGGGGGUGACGCCAGCACCUGUGCCCACCUCUCUGGGUCUGCCUCCCGGCCCCUCCAGCUACCUGCUUCCUGGCAACCUCCCCCUCGGGGGCUGUGGCUCCACCCCACCCACCCCUACGGGGCUGGCUGCAGCAUCCGACAAGAGAGAGGGCAGCAGCAGCUCAGAGGGACGAGGGGACACUGACAAGUACCUGAAGAAACUGCACACGCAGGAGCGGGCAGUGGAGGAGGUGAAGCUGGCCAUCAAGCCGUACUACCAGAAGAAGGACAUCACCAAGGAGGAGUACAAGGACAUCCUGAGGAAGGCCGUCCACAAGAUCUGCCACAGCAAAAGCGGGGAGAUCAACCCCGUCAAGGUGAGCAACCUGGUUCGGGCCUACGUCCAGCGCUAUCGCUACUUCCGCAAGCACGGCCGCAAGCCCGGGGACCCCCCAGUCCCGCCGAGGGCGCCUAAGGAGCCAGGUCCCCCUGACAAGGGUGGCCCGGGCCUGCCCCUGCCCCCGCUCUGAGGCCCUGCUACCCUGACCCCCUACUCGCCUUGUGGAAAGUCUGGACAUAUUUAUGGCUCCACCUCCCUGCCCCUCCCCCAUCAUUGGGAUGAGGAGGGAGGGCUGCUGCAGGGAAGAGAGUCGUCGUCCC